AGGGAGGAGCCCUUGGUCUACGGCUUCUGACCUGGUGUCUUGGAGCUCCUCCUCUGCUGAGAGAGGAAAACCUCACUGAGGAUUUACAGCUGGGACCUUCAGACUAAACGCUGAGCCUUCAGGACCCUUCUCCUUCGGGAUUCAAUUUACUGGAAUAUUCACACGGAGACUCAAGACCUGUCUACCUACUGCUGGCUGGAGUCCUUCCUGCUGAACUGGAGAUUUCCAAGUGUGUGAGUAAUAUGAGGAAGCCUUUGAAUGGGCUAGAUCCUGGAAUCAGACUGCAGGGCCUCCAUUGUGUUUAAACUGGGGAGCAGCAUGCAAACAAAUCGGUGAACCGCUGUGGCCUAUCAAACCCCCGCCCUCGUAGCCACCAGCACCACCAACCCAGCUUUGAGGGGGGGAUUCCAGACACUGCCACUCUGCCUGCGAACCUCCGCCAAACACCAUGGAUUUCAAGAUACCCAGAAGAAGUCAAGACAUCAUGGCUUUCUCCAGCUCUGCUCCUCUCCUGGGCCCUCACAGCCGCUGCACCAGGCACCACUACCAGGGCAUCAAGAGAAAACUGCGGCCUGGACGGAUUCUGGGCUUCCUCAUCAGCCUAGCGGUGGUCUGCACAGUCUGUUCAUGGAGUGCCUUGUCACUGGCCACAACGGUGGCCAAGGAGCUGGAAUCGGACGUCGAGGGCUCAGCAGAGGCAGCAGUGCCCCAAAGAACUCUUCUGCAGCACCACAACCUCUCAGACAUGGCAGAGAGCACAAUGUUGGCCAGGAAAUCAGGUGAAAAAGAAAUGAAUCACGGGGACUAUCCAACAGACUACUUCAGUGUAGAAGACAGACGCCAGGGCUAUGUGGUGUUACAUAUGUUUGGCAUGUUGUACAUGUUCAUAGCCUUAGCCAUCGUCUGCGAUGAGUUCUUUGUUCCUGCGCUCACUGUCAUCACAGAGAAGCUGGAGAUCUCUGAUGAUGUAGCAGGAGCCACCUUCAUGGCGGCAGGUGGCUCAGCCCCAGAGCUCUUCACCUCAGUCAUAGGAGUCUUCGUCUCCCACAGUAACGUGGGUAUCGGUACCAUUGUGGGGUCUGCCGUCUUCAACAUCCUUUUUGUGAUUGGGAUGUGUGCCCUGUUCUCCAAAGAGGUGCUGAACCUCACCUGGUGGCCUCUGUUCAGAGACGUCUCAUUCUAUAUCGUUGGCCUGCUCAUGCUCAUCUAUUUCUUUCUGGAUAAUCAAAUCACAUUGGGGGAAAGUAUCAGCCUGCUUAUGUGCUACACCUGCUACGUGACAUUCAUGAAAGUCAAUGCCAAAGUAGAACUUCUUGUCAAGAGCUUGCUGGGCAGCAACCAGGUGGACGAGCUGGAGAAUGCACCAAAGGUAAAUGCACCUGGAGAUGAUGAGAACAAGCUGACGGCCAAACCCAGGCUGCAGAGGGAAGGCAGCUGUGCUUCUCUACACAACUCACUGAUGAGAAACAGCAUCUUCCAGCUGAUGAUACACACGCUGGACCCACUCAGUGAUGAAGGUCGUUUCAAAGAGAAGGCGUCAAUCCUUCACAAAAUGGCCAAGCAGAAGUGUAAAGAAGAUGCUGCCAACGGUGUAGGAGGGCUCUCCCAGACACAACUUCCAAGAAAUUCUGAUAAAAACAUCCCCAACAAUACAAAUGUCGCAGUGGAAGUCACACCACCCAUGAACGGUGUCGCAGGAGGAGACGAGGGUGGUGAUGAUGAGGAGGAUGAAGACCAGCCUCUGAGCUUGGCCUGGCCCGACACCACCAGGAAACAGCUCACCUACCUCAUCAUCCUGCCCAUUGUCCUUCCACUCUGGCUCACACUGCCCGACGUCAGGAGAGAGACCUCAGCAAAGUUCUUCCCCAUCACUUUUGUCGGCGCCAUCUCUUGGAUUGCUUUCUUCUCCUACCUGAUGGUGUGGUGGGCUCACCAGGUUGGAGAAACUUUCUGGAUCACAGAGGAGAUCAUGGGUCUGACCAUAUUAGCAGCCGGCACUUCAAUCCCUGACCUGAUCACCAGUGUGAUUGUAGCACGAAAAGGCCUCGGUGACAUGGCCGUGUCCAGCUCAGUGGGCUCUAACAUCUUUGACAUCACUGUUGGUCUGCCAUUCCCGUGGCUCCUCUACAACAUCAUCAACGACUUCAAGCCGGUAGAGGUGAGCAGCAACGGCCUGUUCUGCGCCAUCGUCCUCCUCUUCCUCAUGCUCCUCUUUGUCAUCAUCUCCAUCGCGGCUUGCAAGUGGAGAAUGAGCAAGCUGCUGGGCCUUCUCAUGUUCCUGCUUUACUUCGUCUUUCUCAUCGUCAGCGUCAUGCUGGAGGACAAAGUCAUCAACUGCCCUGUCACCAUCUGAGAGAGAGCGACUCGUACUGACUGACUGAAAAAAAACAGCAUUAAGCAUAAAUGUGCUCAUGCAUACCAUGAUUUACUAUAGGAGAGCAAAAACAUGUUCGCACAGACACAAACUGUCUCUAAUCUAUGUCACGCACACGCACAGUAGAAGACCGCACACACAAAAAAGCACCCACACACUCAGUAUCAAGUAAAAAGUGAAGAAAACACACACACACACGCACACACACAUACAAACACACACACACAAACACACAGAUUGUGGAUGCCAGUUAGGCAGGGGCUCUGACUAAAAUCAACGCUGCAAACUCAGACCUGUGCAUCAGAGCCUUCCAGCAGCGGCAGACAGGCCUGUCCUUCACUCAUGGUCUGUUGAAUCCACCCGACAGGAGAGACUCCCCUCUCACUCCCUCUACCAUGUGACUACAUUCAGUAGCCGCUACCGGUUGAAACCUGCUGAAAGCGACUGAUGGAAAGGUUAACAAGUUAUGUGAACACCACCUUGGAUGGAAAUUACAAUCAAAGAUCACCAGAGAUUGUCACUUUUUCAACCAAAGGACCGUGUGGCAGUGUAAGAAGAACCUCCACGACUCAUGCAAGCAGCCAAGUUAAGCGUAUAAACUGAAUAUGGGGGCUCGAAGAGACUUUUGUUUUAAAGUGCAGCGGAGCUCUGAGGAGCUCUGUAUGUCAUGGGGAAAGUGGCCAGGGCAACGCAUAAAUGAAAGAUAGCUGCUUAAUACACCUUUAGAUCUUAAACGUGUCCAUUCCACCACCUGAAUGGCUUUACAGCGUCAUCAUAAGAGAAAUAUUCAGUUGAUUCAUUCAUUUGAGGUCAUACUUGGCAAAAAAUUGUUCAUUUGCAUUGUUACUGUAUAUCUCAUUCAUGAAUAUCUACAGUAGAGUACAAUAAAUACUAAAUAGUUAGCGUACAAAGAUUAAAUUGGCUGAGGUUUUAAGAUGCCCAAUAUUUCUGCUUAUAUCAGUGUAUCCCAGUGAUUUGGGUUUUUCAUAUUACAAGCUUAUGAACGUGACUUUUUGUGUUCUGUAUGCCUUUACAUGUACCACUUUAGAGAGACUUAUCCCCAUCCCGAAGAAUGAUGUCGGACGAUUAUUGUGCAUGGAAUAAACGGGUCAGCGUCAUAUUCACGACCCGGUCGAUGACGAGCAUGUGAGGGCGUGCAGUCUGGGCUAAAGAUUAGUGUUCUCUGUUGUAUUUUAUUCGUAAAAACUCAAAAGUGUUUUUUUUUCUGAAUUAUGUAUUUAUAAAAAAGAGAUUGAUCAGAAUCAACAGGUAUCACCGGGUUUCUUCUGUAAUGUUUUGAUGUAAAACAAUCCAUGUACUGUAUGACACAUAUAUACGUAUGUAUCUAUAUGUACGGAAGCACAUCAUAGCAAUAUGUUUGUCCCCAUUCUCCACUGCUGUAGGCCUUUUGUAUUAAAUCAAAUCAAACAGGUUACAUUAGGCUCACAUGCUUUCCUGUUGUUAGUGUGUGACGUUAAGGGGGGGGAUUUUAAGACUCAAACAUCAAGUAGGCCCAUACUUCACGCUAAAACAGAAACACUGAAUGUUGAUGAGAUUAAAUUUGUGACACAUUUUGAUGUUCUCUAAUACCUCUUUCUAUUAGAUUUACACUUCUGAGCCAUUACUCAGCUAGUGAAAUAACGCUGAGUAGAGUCCUGCUGUAGCUCUGAUUGUCAUUAUGUAUGUUUCUAUUCAAAUGUCACCCAGCUUCAAAGAAGUAUAUGUUUCCAUCAACUAAUCGUAUGCAAAUAUUCUGAAGAAGUUGCAAAAAAGAUUAAACAAUUAAAGAAUACCACAAUAAA